AUGUCUGCCACAUCAUUAGCACCACCUUUUCCCGCGGAAACUGUUAUCAGCUGUAUUAAUUUUCAAGAAACUAUUCAUGAUACACCUCAUUUCCGUGCAAACAUUCGAAGAUUUGAAGAACAUGUAGAUCAUUUUGAAAAAUGGUUAGAUGGAUUUUGGAAAGCUUUAAAACAAUACAUUGAAGAGAUUAACAAAUUCAACGAUGCAAGCAACAAUUUGGCAAAGCGUUCUUCUCCUACUGAAGAUUCAUUGCUAGAUAGCGAAUUUACAUUACCAACUGUGAGACUGUUUACAGAUAUAUUUCAAACCACCUUUGCAUUUAAAGCAAAAUUGGCUAAUGAUAUUGAUGAAAAGCUUUUACAACCGAUAAAUCAAUUUAUAAAAAAUGAUUUAAAGGAAUUCAAG